AUGGGCGGCUACAGCACGCAGACAGUGGUCUGCCUGGCGCUUGGAGUUCUGGCACUUGGGUUGGCAUCCUCGUCUGGAGAGGGCGCGGGAGAUGAAUCAGGGGUGGAUGUACCACUGCCCUGGGAGUAUGACGCGGACGCCGUGGCCGAGUACUGGGCUCGCAGGCCUGUGGCGGUGGCGCAUCGGACGGCGGAGGUGCUUUCGACGGCGGCGGCUGUCGGCGCUGGGCUGCUCUAUGACCGCCUGACCGGCGGCCUCGACAGAAAUGCGCCGCAGAGAGCUGCGCAGGUGAGGUCGGCGGUGGAGCGAUUGGGACCGGCUUAUGUGAAGGUGGCGCAGGCUGUGAGCACGCGAGUGGACAUUCUCAGCCCGGCCUACCUCAUAGAGAUCGAACGCCUGCAGGACAGAGUGCCCCCAUUCCCCACAUCAGACGCGCUGCUGACGAUGGCGGCUGCCUGGCAGCGGCCGCCGAUGGAAGUUCUGGCGUCUGUCAGUGCAGAGCCCAUCGCUGCUGCCUCGCUCGGCCAGGCGCGCCCUAAACUUAUCAAUAAUUUGUCAGAAGUUGCGGUGAAGGUGCAACGGCCGGCGCUUAGAAGAGCGAUCGCGCUCGAUUUGUUUCUCAUGCGCCGCCUCGCGCUCUUUGUGAAGACAAUUCCAGAGAUAAACACAGACUGGGUGGGCCUCAUAGACGAGUGGGCGGGGCGGUUCUUCCAGGAGCUGGACUAUGAGAGGGAGGCCAGGAACGCCGUUGUAUUCAGGGACCAGAUGGCCGACCUGGGAGGAAUCACAGUAGCUGAGGUGUAUGAGAAUCUGACCAGCCGGGAAAUCCUCACAACUGCAUGGGUGCAAGGGGAGAAGCUGAGUGAGAGCACUGCGGCGGACGUGCGCGAGCUCUGCUCCACACUCCUCAACUGCUAUCUCAUCCAGCUGCUGGAGACAGGGCUCCUGCACGCCGAUCCACAUCCUGGCAAUCUGCUGAGAACUGCGGACGGCCGCAUCUGUAUCCUGGACUUUGGCCUGAUGACCGAGGUGGCGCCUGAAAGGAGACUGGCUCUGGUCGAGUACAUAGCGCACCUCAGCGUGCAGGACUGGGCCGGCGUUGCUAAGGACCUCGUCAACCUGGGGUUCACCCCCGAAGGCGCGCCGGACCCGGGUGAAGCUGGGCUGGUUGAGCCGUUGGGGGCGGUGCUGAGUCAGCUGAGUGCCGGCGGGGGGGCCAAGGGAAUCAACAUCGAUGAUGUCACCGCUCAGCUCGAGCGCCUGACGCGCGAAUACCCCUUCGAGGCGCGACCCCUUCUUGCUUUCUUUUACCCCUUGACGCGAAUUCCCUCAUAUUUCGCUCUGAUCCUGCGCGCCUUCAGCGUCAUCGAAGGCAUCGCUUUGCGAGUUGACCCCCAGUACUCCAUCGUCCAGGAGUGCUUCCCUUAUAUAGCGCGCCGGUUGCUGACUGACAACCACCCUCGCACGCGUGCAGCUCUGCAGCAACUGCUCUACGCCAACAAAUCGCGCAUCGACAUUGGUCGGCUGAAGCGGCUGUCGAGCGCGUUUGGCCGGUACACGGUCAGCGGCCUGACAGUGACUAACCCCCAAGCGGCGGUGACUAAUCCGGCGGGGGGAUCCGGCGCGCCUGUUUUGGACGGCACUGCCAAGGAGGCUCUGAGGCUAGUGUUCAGCCAGGAGGGCAGCUAUGCACAGGUAAGAAUUUGUGCUGCAAGCACAUUUCUGCUACGUUCCUCUUUCUGUUAUCAUUAUCACCUGCGUAGCAGCAGCGUGUCAAUGACAGCCUCCCAAAUCUCCCUAUCUUGGGCUCUCCUCCCCAAGUCAAGGAUUUACAGUUUCAGAAGGAUUUGCAGGUGCCCUUUCUAG